AUGUUUGUGCCUUUUCAACUUAAGGUCGGUUCCUACCAUGCAUCGUCUUUGUUUGUGGCUACCCGACCACCAACCUAUGGAGUUGUUAGCAGAGGCAUUGGUGUUGAGGGUGUAUCUACAGUCUUGGCUGGCCUUUGGGGGACAGGAGUUGGUUCUGCAACAAUAACAGAGAAUGUACACACAAUUGCUGUGACUAAAAUGGGUAGUCGACGAGCAGUUGGAUUCGGUGCUAUUUUACUUGUACUGCUUUCUAUUGUUGGAAAAGUUGGUGCAUUCAUUGCUUCUAUUCCUGAUGUUAUGGUUGCUGCUCUCCUUUGCUUCAUGUGGGCUAUGCUCUGUGCUCUUGGCUUGUCCAAUCUUCAUUACAGUGCUACUGGAAGCUCAAGAAACAGUAUUAUAGUUGGGCUAGCUUUAUUCUUGUCCCUAUCAGUUCCUUCUUACUUCCAGCAAUACGGUGUACAUCCUAGCGCAAACUCAUCAGUGCCAACUUACUUUCAACCAUACGUUGUUGCAUCUCAUGGACCUGUUCACAUUGGAUCGGGCGGGGUGAACUAUGUCCUCAACACGAUACUUUCAUUCAACAUGGCCAUUGCAUUUCUGGUUGCUCUGGUACUUGACAACACAGUCCCUGGUGGUCGUCAAGAGCGGGGAUUGUAUGUAUGGUCAGAAGCAGAGGCAACGAUGAGAGAAUCGACUUUCAUGAAAGACUAUGAACUUCCUUUCAAGAUCGGACGCCUGUUCAGGUGGGUGAAGUGUGUUGGCCUAUAACACAAUUUUGAGUAGUUUGUAGCUAUGGCAAACUUUGAAGAUCUCAAGCUUUCAUGAAUCAUGACUGAUCGUUUCUCGACAAGCUGGUGUAUAGGUUAUUUAGCAUGUCCUGAUCCUGAUGUAUCUAAUUUUCAGAUACGUUUGAGACUGUUGUAUAUCAUCGCUGACGGUCCUAUUAUUUAGAUGGUUUUAGGGAUAUCAAUUUGUACAUGCCC